GAAAAAGUGCGUAAUAACAUUAUCUUUAUUGAGAAGUUAAUUAAUUUAAAUUAUUUCUGAUUUCGUCUUAAUGACCUUAACAUGUCAACCGCUGAACAGACCAGCAUGACGUCACCGGAAAUCACGGCAGCGCGCAUUCUUGUGGAGAACGUUGCAAAGAAUGUGGAAGAAAACACGUCACCAAAUGACGUCAGGUUCAGCAAGGGAAGCGACUCGAUGAUCGAACGACGACUGUACGUGGUUAGCCGUACCGGGUCGGGUGAAGUGAGUUACCUCCUCCUCACGGAAAAUUUUUCCGCCAUCGUGUCGUACCGCGUGCACAUCGAGAAGUGGCAGCAGACGUACGGGGUGGCAGAUUUCGGAGUGGUCGCCCUUGGGAAGUCCAUCUACAUCCUGGGCGGCUUCGACAAAGUUCAAGGUCGUUGUUUGACCCGAGUCGUCAGAUACAACCCGUGUACUGACGAAUGGUUCGAAUGUCGAAGCAUGUCUGUGGCCAGGUGUAAAUUUGGGGUCUGUGUUGUUAAAGGGAGAAUAUUUGUCUGUGGUGGAGAGACAGACGAUGGUAAAGUCACCGGAAGUUGUGAGAUCUAUGAUCCGGAAACUAACCUCUGGUCCAAAUGCGGAUCUCUCGUGUCGCCUAGGUCUGGCUGCGCAUGCGCAAACAACGGCAAAGAAUUAAUUUGUGCAGGAGGAUACAACGGAGGGAAGGCUCAUAACAACCUCUGGCUGUAUGACAAACACAAAUGGCAGGAAAUCGGCAAAAAUAACCCACACGGUCUUCCAUACAAUCUUCACAGAUGUGCGCUGACAAGGGCGAAAAAACCUUUUGUAUUUUAUAGGAGGUGA